CAGGUCAGGAUGAGACGGCCAAGGCAAACGCAUCAAAUGUCGACAAGGAGCCAGCCUGGGACUACACUGGAAAGGACACAAAUCCCUAUGUCUGGGCAGAUAUGGGAUUCAAGCAGUGCGGUGGAGAGCAGCAGUCACCGAUAGACAUAUCCACCGCUGAAGCCCACGACUGGAUUGUGGAUCCCCUGCGUUUCGAAGGGUUUACAACGAAAUCGUCAUCCAUGAGAAUGAAGAACAACGGCUACACUGUGCGCGUCGAAAUGUCAUUCGCCAAUGGGGUGAAACAGCGAAUGUACGGCGGGACGCUGCCCGGCGUGUACGUGUUUAAACAGCUGCACUUCCACUGGGGUCCGAACAACACUGUAGGCGGGUCUGAGCACACCAUUGACGGCAAACGAGCUCCGUUGGAGAUGCACGUCGUGUACGUGAACGAGAAGUACGGGACGGUUUCUGAAGCGACCAAACAUCCUGGCGGCAUUGCCGUGCUGGGCGUUCUAUUCGAGAUCUUUCCAGUAUCCAGCCAUCCGCUCGUCAGCUUUAUGACCCGGUUCGGUAGACGCCUGCAGCGGUUCGAUCGCCCGGUGGUAACCGUCAAAAAACCACUGUCCAUCCAGUCGAUACUACCCAAGGCGUUAGGCAACUACUACACGUACACGGGGUCAUUGACCACGCCCGGCUGUCAAGAGGGAGUCAUUUGGAUCGUGUUCGAGGAACACUUCAAGAUUUCCAACCGUGAGCUCGAGUUCUUCCGAAACGUGGAAGGACAACGCGGCCUCCUGACAACCAACUUCCGUCCGGUUCAGAAGACUAACGGGCGUUUAGUUUCCCACGUGUCUUCGGCACAUGCGGGGGCGCAGAUCUAUGCAGAGUCUCCUAGCGGCUCCAACCAGUGCGAAGGCUGUUCAAGCUGAUGACACGCUUUGACAACAGAUCCGACUAAAGAUAGAGAUUUCCGGAAACUGGUUUCUCGUG